AUGAGUGAUAUAAAAAGAAGCGGCCACUGUAAAAGCACAAAUCGUGUUUUCAACAUGGCCGACAAAGAAAUUGCAAAAGAAGAAGUGAAAGAGGUGAAAGCCACCGAAAAGAAAGUAGUCGAAGAGGUGAAAAAAGCCAAAAAAGAAAAAAUUGAGAAGAAACCACGCAAAUCGACGGAGAAGAAGACGAGUAAAGUGGAUGAGGAAGGGAAGAAGAACACAUUGUCGAAGAAAGCUGGACUUCAAUUCCCAGUUGCUAGAAUUCAUGCGGCAUUGAAGAAAGGAAGAUAUGGAGAACAUGUGAAUAAGAUGGCGUCCGUCUAUUUAACCGCUGUCAUUGAAUACUUAGUCGCCGAAGUUUUGGAACUUGCUGGCGGGCAAGCUAAAGACUUUGGGAAGACUAGAAUCACACCAAGACAUAUCCAAUUGGCAGUCAGAUCAGAUCUCGAGUUGAACGACUUACUCAAGGACGUCACUAUCAUUAAUGGAGGCGUCUUCCCUAACGUCCCUACAGCUGUUAACACUAAGGGAAAGAAGAAACCAGCUCAAUCUCAGGUGGUCUAA